AUGGGGGAUUCGCAGAUAUUCAAGAAAGAGAACCUUGUUCAAGAAUUAAUGGCAAACACCACUCUUGUUAUGGCACUAUGCAAUGAUAUUGAUAGCAUAUCUUCAAACACCCUAAUCAAUCUCAGAAAGACUCUCGACGAACUAGCAGCGCAUGCUAUCGAAGACAACUCAGCGACUAUUACCAUUCACUCAGAUAUAGCAGUCACUAACCGAUCCGAAGAUAUCACAGAAAUGAGCUCUUCCCUUUCAUCCAUGAAUAUAAGCCAAUCUGAGACUAUCGGGCCUCCAAUGGAAUUUCUGCAAGCGGCCUUUCCCAGUGUUUCUGGCCAAACUCUCCAGGAAAUUAUCAGGAACUCUCCAGAAUACAACGAAUCUAUUGACAUGGAAGCUAUAGUCGAGGAGAUUUUAUCCAGAGAAUUGAAAGAGUCAUUGCAAGAAAGCUACAUGAACGAAGGGUCACCAUCAACUCAACCAGAUUCACGGGAAAUCGCCCUGGAGAGAAAGAAAAAGGGCCGCAAAAGGAAAUCCGCCAAUGUGGUGGAGCGUAUCGUUAUCGGUGAUGUCCGUCACCGUCAAGUAGCCCAAGCUAAGAAGCAUCAAGCAACGGAGGAACGGAUAGAUCCAUGGUCUCAACUUGCAUCUUUAGCAGAAUAUCUUUCUACAAUACUUUCCUCUUCGCCACAAACCUUCCUCUCCCUUUUCCACUCACCACAGCAUGCAACACCAUUUCAAGCACUUUGCGCACAUAUCGAUACCCUCCAAGCAUUCCAAAUAUCUGAAACGGAUAUGGAGAGUAAACUGUCACUUUUGUUUGAUAUUUUAGCAGUCGAAUCGGACCAACAGCAGCUUGAACUGGAAUGGGCUCAGCGAUGCCUUCGCGCCACAGAAGGGAAGAUACUCGAAGCCAUAGAUCUUUAUCGUGUACUCGAGGGCCUAGAACAAUCAAGUCCAAUUGUUCAUCAGGAAUUACCCAGUCCCCUUGAUGAAAAGCUGAGCACCACAACAGGAAGGCCAACGAAGACCGUUUUAGAUAUCCGACCUAGGGCAAUACCUCAUCCUCGCUCAGAAACCUGGUAUGGGAACGAGGGAGGAGCUCAGCGACGAUCAAGGACAGGAGAAUGGAGCUUCUCCCGUGCAAAUCGUGUGCCUACAUACCAUGGGCGACAAGCAUUACCUGCAUGGACAACCUCAGGUUCUUCAGUAAACGAUGUAGCAAUGCAUCGUGCUGUCGAGCAGGAGUGGAGAGAGAAAAGAGCGGAAGCCCUGCGCAAGGCCUCCCAACACUGGCAAAGGAGCCAGAAUGGAUAUGGACGCCAAGUUGCUGCCUUUUACGCCGAGGAAGCGAAAAAAUAUCUCCAACAAAGUCGAGGAGCAGCCAUUGAGGCGGCUAGGGCGUUGGUGAUACAAAACAGGGAGCGGGGCAAAGCCUUGGGUUUUCACCAGGCCCAGAACAUUGUCGAUUUGCAUGGAAUGACGCGGGAUGAAGCAUUGUUCAUCGCGAGAGAGACACUGUCUACCCGUGCGCACAUGCCUGAUGGUAAACACUCAGUUGGUAACCGGGGUGUCUUGUCUCCCAUGCUAUUGAAGGCUCUAAGAUCUGAGGGUUGGAAAGUGAAAGAAAUUGAGGCAGGUAUUAUGGAGGAAAAUACGGGUAUAAUUACCGCCGAAUCCAUUGAGAAAGCAUCAGAAGACUGGGAAGUAAAUAUCAAGAAAUAG